AUCAAAGUGUGAAGUAAUUCUGCUGCAUAAAACAGGACGACUUCACAGCCCCGAUACAACAAGUUGAGCAUCCUGUCACCAUGAUGCACGGUCUGCACAAGUUCCUGCUUUUACAUGUUCUGGCAUGCCUCGAACUAACCGUACCUGGGAGUGCAAUCAUACGCGGGGAAGAAGCCCCAGAGAACUCGAUGCUGUAUAUGGCCUCGGUGCAGGAAUAUAGACGACACAUAUGUGGAGGAUUCCUUGUCGGUAAAAACUUUGUGGUCACUGCUGAGCAGUGUGAUGUGAAUGUGAGAAAAGCAGAUGUUGUUUUUGGCCACGAUCUCAAGUUGGUAGAAAAUCAACGGAAAUACAUUGUAGAGAAGUGCAAACACCCACGUUCUAAGGAGAAAGGAUGGAAUGACAUCAUGCUCCUCAAACUGGGUGGGGAAGAUCGGCCAAACAUCAAAGUCAAACCUAUUCCCCUUCCUGACCUGAACAUAACAGAAAAUGAAAAGUGCUGCGUAGCUGGAUGGGGUUCCACUAAAACUAGUGGUAAAUAUGUUGAAGAUCUGAGAGUGGUGGAUGUGUCUGUCAUCAACUGUAAGAAGCAACUUCCUGCCGAUGCUAUCUGCACAGGCAAGGGAUUCUGUAAGGGUGAUUAUGGUGGUCCUCUGGUGUGCAACGGGAUAGCUGUUGGUGUCGCGUAUUUCAACAAAAAUGUCGACUGUAACUACCCGGGUGUAUCCGUCUACACGGAUAUCAAGAAGUUCCUUCCCUGGAUCAACGAGGUUCUCAAGAAAAAUGAUUGUAAAAUGUAACUAUCGUACACAAAGCUUUGCUUCAGCACACUUGAAUUGUGUUUGGGAGGAGCAGUUGUGUCUGAGUCGCUCUGUCAGUGUUUUCUCCUUAACAGAAAGGCAAAAUAAUAAUAAUAAAAAGUCUCAAAUAUAAUUUUCUCUUUUCUUUAUCAGAAGACACAAAUGGUACUUUACCAUACUAACUUUAUAAAAAUGAACAUGUAUUUAUCUAUGUUAUCCAGGGGGCACUUCAGAUGAAAAAAAGGGGCAAAGGUCAGCCACUUUAGU